AUACAGGACGGUAAUCUCGAGAACGCUGUAGGAUUCAGUCUAGCAUUCAUGAAUUGUAUAAAGUGUAAAUUUUUAGUCUCACACUGUAGAAGAAGGGUUUGUUGCCUCGUUCCCCACGCUGUUAGGAGUUUUUGCUUUCACGACAUAACACAGAAAAUAUGCCCAUCAAAUGACAAUAUACAGCUGGGAGGCUUUUGUCGAAAAUUUGUGAAACGGAACAGCAAUUUCUUCCUAUUUUGAAAUGACGAAAUCAUGCCGUUUGUCCUGAGUCCAGGACGAAACUGCUCUUAUGAUUUGAGACCAAAUAUUUCUUAGUUGCUUAUGGUCAUAAAAGGCAUUUGACAAUACAUUUUCUAUGUUCUCGAAUCUGACAUGCCUCGUGGAAGCGAAAACUACAUAUUUUCUCUGGAUGACGUCAUGGAAAUGCGAAAGACGGUAACAAUUAUCAUUGCUGAAAGCGUGGAGGGAGAAUCAAUGUGGAUGAUGAUUUGUGAAUCUUGUAAAUAUUUAGCAUGCUCGGAACAUAUAGCUCUAUGCUUGGAACGAAUGUUCCCGAACCUGUGAUUUUAUAAGCUAUUGGGCAAAAUAGGUCGGUGUGAAGCGAAUGAAUCAGAACUGUUUUUUGGAUAACGUGUUGGCAUUGGCCAUUUGGCGAGGAGAAAGAGGUGCGAUAAUAUUACUCUUUACUCCAUCCUUGAGGGAACACUUGAUCUGAAAUCUCUUGGUGUCACAUAACACUACAUUCUGCUAGGACGUUGUAUCAGAGGGUUCAUGGGGAACCCAUCCCCCCAAUCCCAGUGAACAAAGGGGGAAAGGACUGAGGACAAAAAAAAAUAAGGCGAAAGGUACCAUAUCCCAAACGUCAGGAGAUAAAGGAGGAUAAGAAAAAGCCCCGUUUGACCUCCAUAUCAAAGGUUGAGAAUGAUGACAUCGUCGACCAAGACGUCAAUGACAACGAGGACACAAAAUUUGGAUGGCUUUGGUUCCGUCCAAACUGCCUACAGGUCUUCAACACGCCCUUGGGUUACUGUUUUAUGUUAUGCCUGGUGUCCCUCGUGCAAGGAAUGACAGCUUUUGGUUUCGUCUACAUCAGUCUAUCCACCAUAGAGAAACGUUUCUUCCUCAACAGCGUGCAGAGUGGUAGCAUAUCAAGUGCUUAUGAUUUUUCGUCGCUUAUUGUGGCGGUUAUCGUUAGUUAUAUGGGUGAGAGGGGACAUCGUCCACUAUGGGUUGGAUUUGGCUCCAUGCUCUUUUGCGCAGGGUCUAUCACCUUUGCAAUCCCUCACUUCGUCACCCCGAAUUACGUCUAUCAAGAAGUCGACUCAGACUAUUGUGGUCUACCAAACGAGACACUCAGCUGUGAUGACCAUGGUUAUGAAGGUGACGACACCGAUUUUGAAGACACUCCUUUAUCAAAGUACUACUGGUUCUUCAUUAUUGCCCAGGUAUUGCAUGGUAUCGGAGCUGCUUCUCUUUACACACUUGGGGUUGCAUACGUCGAUGAAAAUGUUCCUCCUCGACAAUUUGGCAUUUUCAUGGGUAUCUACAAUGCGGUCACAGUGGCGGGGCCUUCACUUGGUUACAUCAUUGGGGGAGCAUUCCUGAAUAUCUAUACUGACCUAAACGUUGAUAAAAACAGUCUUACUGUCGAUGUAACCAGUCCUCUCUGGGUAGGUGCCUGGUGGAUUGGCUUCAUAAUGAAUGGGAUUCUUCUCUUCGUGUUUACAUUCAUCUACAUGGGAUUCCCAAAGGCUCUACCAGGGCGAGAUAAAGUGAUGGCAGAACGACGAAUAGAGACCCAGAAAGGUCAAGAUUUCAAAACCGAGAAAGGGGCACUUAACAAACUCAGAGCAUUACCACGUGCUAUCAUCAGCCUCUGUACCAACCUUCCUUUUAUGUUCUUGAAUGUUGGUUCCGUCCCGGCGUUCUUCCUUGUGGCUGGUCUUGCCGUCUUCGGACCCAAGUAUCUGGAGUCCCAACUAGCUAUGACACCAAGUGAAGCUGCUUAUGCUAUGGGUGUCAUUGCGGUCAUUGGAGGCAUCACUGGCGCCCUCAUCGGCGGAAUAUUGAUCAAUCGGUUGGAUCUGAAGUUUCCUGGUUUGAUGAAGCAGAGCAUGAUCGCUACCUACACAGCGAUCUUAGCAUGCGGUAUUUUCUUUGCUGUCUGCCCAACAGUCGAUUUCUCUGGAGUCACCGUCAAAUAUAAAAGCAGCGAACCACAUGACGGGCAGUUUGAGUUGAACUCUACAUGCAACUCACGUUGUUCGUGUUCUAACAGCUAUGAUCCUGUAUGUGGGAGCGAUGGGAUCAUGUAUUACUCGGCCUGCCAUGCGGGUUGUGAAGUCGAAUUCUUGACCAGCGGUGAAGUGCUAUUACACGAGUGCAAAUGCGUCCAUGACUCAGACUUACCUAGCGACUUUGGUACAGUGAAUUUUGGUACCUGCUCGACAUCCUGCCCUUAUAAAUGGCUCUAUUUUGUUGGUUUAAGUGUCAUUGUCAUGCUUGGAGCUGUGUCGGGUGUGUCAGGGUGGACUGCAACCAUCAGAUGCGUGCCUCACAGUCAGAGGGCGUUUGCCAUGGGCAUCCAGACUUUGAUCUACGGGUUGCUAGGUUCUGUACCUGGUCCCAUUAUCUUUGGAUUACUGCUGGAUAAUUCGUGUCUCUUAUGGGAGUCUAGCUGUGAUGGCUCGGCCAACUGUUGGUUGUAUGACAACAAGCUCUCCGCUAGGGGGUUUCUGAUCCUCAGUGCCAGUUGUGAAUUCAUCGCCGCUAUAUGCCUUACUCUCGCACUAGUAUCAUACAAAUCCCCAAGCAAACAAUCAGAACUUGAGGGCGGGAUGAAUAAAGAGUUUGCAAGCCAGGAUGAAUUAGAUACUGUUGCGUGAAUACCAUCAAAAUCAUAAUUUCAAUUAUUAUUAUACGACGAAACGCACUGAAAUCCCUUAUAGAGUGGAAAAAAAAAAACGUCCUGGACCUUGCAGGCAACGCACAUAAAUAUGACUGUAAGUGUGGCGCCAUCUAUCACAGCAUCACAUAUUUUGAUUCACCACGUUACCAAGAUUACUUUGUUGAAUUAUCGGGUUACGCGUAAUGUUUUUAUGACCACACAACGAGUGUAGGGGAUAUGUCCCAUAAUAUGUGGUUUUGCAUCAAAGUUGAGAUUAACAGUCUUAUUGAACCCAUAUUCACGGAAAGGUUCUUAAUUUUUCUUUGUAUGUACACUACGGCUUAGUCACCGCAUAAAAAUGAAUGACCUGUUAUGAUAAUGACUGUGAUACAUGGUAUCCAUGUGUCUCUUAUGAACGAAACGUAAGAUGAAAUGACAAACCAUAAUCUAACUGGAGACUUACGUAUCUUUUGAUUCGAGUCCUGACAAUACAUCUACUUUAUAUAAUGAAUCAAGCACUGUCGUGAUAACAUGAUAUACAAUGAUGAUAGUCUAUUUAAAAAUCUUACAGAAACGACAAAUGUUUCGGCCUAAAAAGACCUAAAAUGUUUAAAAUACCUCUUCACCUGCCAGUAUAUCUGAUAUUCUGUUUAAUCUUUCCUCAAUACCUCAAGAGAUAUGUAACUUAAUCAAUAUAGUAAACAUCGUAAAUAUCAAAAUGAUAUCCUUGACUUUAGCAUAUUGUACAAAAAUUGUUGGAGGACUAUUGUGUAUAUAUAUUUCAAGCAGUACUAUGAUGUCGUGCAGCCUGUAUAGAAGAUUACUUAGUAUGACAUUGAUUUUUAUUUCUUUUCUUGUAGAGCUUCAUUUUCAAUCUUUUAGACGGAUAAGGUUCUCAUCCAUGUUAUGAUAGUCUCAUAUAAAUGGAUGCCAAUAGGGAUAACUCAUUGAUUAUAUUUAAAUAUAUAAUGUGAAAGUAUUGUAUGGGAUGAUCAAUUCAUCUCUAAAUAUUGACAUCAAACGCACGGGCAUGGGGUGGAAAAAAGAAACUGCAAAAAUAUUUGUAAGAUAUAAGGGGAAAGGGUGAAAGAGGAAUGCAAAAAGAGGCAAGAAAUAAAUAUAUUUGUAAAGGAAAUUACUGGAUUAUAAUGUACAUUAUACGAUUCAUUUGAUUUGGUAGGGGAAUACAUUACAUCUCCUUCAGCCUUGGGUCCUCUUGUCCUCUAUCAAAAUAUUCUGAUACUGAUCAUGUUCAUUUAUUACUAUUAUUAUUAUCAUUACCCAAUGCUGACGGUUACGGAAACGACCGUUGAUGAUAUAUCAAGAAUAGUAAGGGGGCAAAGACGAGAGAGGAGACGAACAUUGAAGGAAAGUUAAUUCAAUAAUUUCCAUUCAAACAUAAUACAAAGUAAUAUAAAUCAGAUAGAAAUAUAAGGAUUGAUAUGUUGAAAAAAAAACAGUAUAAAAUAAUACAUAUGAAAAUCUGUCUGUGGGUCCAUUAAAAGAUAACAGGAAAGAGAUAACUGGGUCAUAAUAUAGUAACACUAUUUUCUGUUAGAAAGAUUAACCUUCUGGUGGUCAUUCUGGACGUGACCUAAAAAAGUACAUGGAGUCGUUUCUUAAAUUAAUGCUAGAUAGCUAUUUGAUGUCGUUUUUUACUUCCGAAUAUAGUUGGAGAUUAUUUACCUCAUUCAUUAUUAAGUUGAAGUUGAUGACUAAGUUGCAUAAUGCCACAAACGCAUUUGCAACAUCAAUAAUUGAAUGAGAAUGAAAUAUUUAGAGGUUUUAUCCGGAUUUUGCAUCCAAUGUGUUCAAGUGAUAGAUAUUGAAUAGUUUAACCUUUUAUGUACAUACUAAAUUUUAAAAAAAUAUCAAGAAUAUAGUUAUUCGAAAAGUUAACUAUUUCGUUGUACAUACUCUUUAAGGUCAUGAAUAUUUUUAUCAUUAUUUCAAUUUUUAUUAUUGUUUUCAUUUUAUUGAUAUUUUUAUUGUUGUUCUGUAUUAUUUCUCAUUGUCAUUUUAUCAUUAUAUUCAUUAGCAUAAUUUUCUUCUUUGUUCUUAUCAUUAUUACCGUUAUUGUUAUGACUGUUAUUAUUAUCAGUAUUAUUAUCAUUAUUAGUAGUAGUGUCAUCGCUUUGAUUCUUUAAUAAUUCAAAUCAAUUUUACUUCUUUGAAGCUGAUUUACAGUAUUACCAGUAAAAGGUACUAAUAAUUGUAUAUGUUAAUAGAUUAAUUAUUCUUUAUCUAGCGAGAGUCCUUGAUACAGUACUGAUAAUCUGUAAAUAUUUGCCCAUGGGUCAUAUUUUUGUAUAUUGUAUUUGGAGAGUUUAAUGAACUAUAUAAUCUUUAUAUUAAAAAUGGCAUUUUCGAAUGCUGCUGUAGUAAGCUAACUUA